UCCAUCACUCAAUUAUUUCAAACCUCACUCACACUUUCUCUUCCUUUUUCCUCCCUCCCAAACACAAACCCAGAAACAAAUAAAUUCUCCUCACCCAAAACCCAAAACUCCCAACACCUUUCCUCUGCUAUUAUCCCAUCAUCAAACAGCCAUGCUUCUCUCCCUAUCAUCUCCUCUCCUGCUCCUCACGUUUCUUGUUAAACUAUAUCUCCUACUUUACACCACCACAGCCAGUAAUACCAGCAAUGUUUCACACCCUGAUUUUCAACUAUUUAAUGUGAAGGAAACCAUUGCAGAGACGAGAAACAACUCUGCAAAACCAUUAAAAAGCCAACUCUUUAAGACCCAUAAAAAUGGAACUAAAGGAGUCUGGAAGUUGAAACUUGUACACAGAGACAAGCUCUCUUUCAAAACUUUCCACGAUCAUCCCCACCGAUUCCACGCACGCAUGCAACGGGACUCGAAAAGCGUCGCCGCCAUCGUUCGCCGCCUCUCCGGUGAUUCCAAGUAUGAGAUUCAAGACUUCGGAUCCGACGUCGUAUCUGGCAUGACCCAAGGCAGCGGCGAGUACUUCGUACGAAUCGGCGUUGGCAGCCCACCGAGGAAUCAGUACAUGGUCAUUGACUCGGGAAGUGACAUUGUAUGGGUUCAAUGUCAGCCCUGUAACAUUUGUUACAAGCAAUCCGACCCGGUAUUCGACCCGGCCGCUUCCGCUUCCUUCACCGGCGUCUCCUGCGGUUCCGCCGUUUGCGAUCGGGUCGAGAAUGCGGGUUGUCAUGCGGGUCGAUGCCGCUACGAGGUCAUGUACGGUGACGGCUCCUAUACGAAGGGAACGUUGGCACUCGAAACGCUGACGUUUGGACGGACGGUGGUGCGUAAUAUAGCAAUCGGAUGCGGGCAUAGCAAUCGGGGCAUGUUUAUCGGAGCUGCCGGGUUGUUGGGUCUCGGUGGUGGAUCCAUGUCUUUCGUGGGUCAAUUGGGGGGACAAACGGGUGGGGCAUUUAGUUACUGUUUAGUAAGUCGGGGCACCGACUCAACCGGAUCAUUAGUAUUCGGGCGUGGAGCAAUGCCCGUGGGUGCUGCAUGGGUACCUUUGAUCCGCAACCCGCAUGCCCUGAGUUUUUACUAUAUCGGGUUAUCCGGUCUCGGAGUCGGAGGAAAUCGGGUUACCAUACCCGAGGAAAUAUUUCAGUUAAAUGAAUUUGGUGAUGGAGGUGUUGUGAUGGACACUGGAACUGCCGUGACAAGGUUACCAACAGUGGCUUACGAGGUGUUUCGAGACACCUUCAUGGCGGAAACAAGGAAUCUUCCCCGCGCAUCCGGAGUAUCCAUAUUCGAUACGUGUUAUAAUUUAUUCGGGUUUGUAUCAGUUCGAGUACCAACGGUGUCGUUUUAUUUUAAAGGUGGACCAGUGUUAACCUUGCCAGCAAAUAACUUUCUAAUUCCAGUCGAUGACGUGGGGACAUUUUGUUUUGCUUUUGCACCCUCUCCAACAGGACUCUCAAUAAUAGGGAACAUUCAACAAGAGGGAAUUCAAAUUUCAUUUGAUGGGGCAAAUGGGUUCGUGGGAUUUGGUCCUAAUAUAUGUUAAAUUAAGUAGAAUGAUGUGAAUUAGAGAAUUUUUGCUGGAGAUCUCUGAUCUCAUCUCUUAGUUAUAAUCUAUAAUGUAUACAUAUAUAUAUAUUUUUAUGUAUGCAUUGAAGAAAUGAUGUAUUGAUAUGAAAUGGGUAUUUGCCAUA